UGCACACGCUGUGCCAGCAGACAGUUUCAGCUCUCGGUAACUGAUGCACAGACUGCUGCUGUUUCUCCCUUCCCCUCUUUACUCCCCCUAACAAUUCUCCUUCCUUUCCUGUACUGCCUCUAUUCAUCCCCUCUGUACUUUCCUCUACUUUUUCUCUACUCUGUCAUUCUGCCCGUCACUUUUCCUCAGCCGGAUAUAAAGGCAGGACCUGUUGGAGGGAGAGCGCUUGUGUAAUUUCUGGCUGCACUUGAGCACCCAGAGUUGUUGCUUCAGCUGGAAAGGCAACAAACCAGAGGACCUACAAACAGCUACAGGACAAACUUCGAGUAAAUCUCUGUAAUAAAGAGGAAGAAGGAAUACUUCUGAGAAAAUAAAGGAGAAGAAGGAGGGGGAUGUGCAGAACACAGACCAUGCCAGGCUCUUUGCUGGUGCUCCUGUCCCUGUUGGUCCUGUCCACAGGAAGUGAUGCCAGAAGAAUCAGGAAAAGAGGACUCAACCAUAAGGAUUACGAGUAUCUCAAUCAUCCCCAGUCCACACAGCACCAAAAGAAUGACCGGUGUCCACCGCCGCCCCAGAUGUUACCAGAGCGAGCCUGCGAGGUCCCGGGCUGCCGCUCAGACUCAGAAUGCGAGCGCCACAAACGCUGCUGCUACAAUGGCUGCAUCUAUGCCUGCCUGGAGUCUGUGCAGCCACCACCAGUUCUGGACUGGCUGGUGCAGCCCAAGCCUCGAUGGUUGGGGGGUAACGGUUGGCUGCUAGACGGUCCUGAGGAGGUUUUGCAAGCUGAGGCCUGCAGUACUACUGAGGAUGGAGAUGAGCCUCUGCACUGUCCUACGGGCUACGAGUGCCACAUCAUCAAUCCAGGAAACCCAGCCUCUGGCAUCCCUAACAGGGGACAGUGCAUCAAGCAGCGCGGCAACUCUGAUGGACGUAGCUUGAGACACAAAUACUUUAAGGACUACAAGGACUACUUAGGUACCAGCUCUAACAGUGCAGUGGGCUAUGAAAAGCAUCACCACAAGCACCUGGGGUGAAGUCGACUUGAACUCAGCCUCAGCUUCGAGCAUAGCACAACCUCAGACAUCAGUCCAGUCCUGUUUGAUCCGCUCGCAGCUAAACCGGGAUCAGAUCUGACCUUUUUUUAAACUACGCCUCCAGCUGCUACCUCCUCUGCGCAAUGCCCUGUCUCGCAGCCUCUCGUCAGUCACGUGUCCACAGGGAGACGAGUUUCUCACACUCUCAGCAUGCAUCCAAAGAAAAAAAGCACUUUUGUCCCUCUGUUUGAUGUCAGCAAAAAGGGAGGAGGAGAGGCUUUUGGUGAAGGUAGCGCAAGGUGCAAACUGAAGCUGAUUAGCAAAAUUGUCUGAGCAACCCCGAUUUUUGCAGCCCCCUCCCCCCUCUCUAUAAUUUGUUCCUAUUUUCAUCCACUGCCAUGCUCUCUAUUCUUAAGACUGGUCAGCAGAAAAAAUCAAGACCAUGUGGGCUUCAUUCUUAGCUCUAAAUUCCUCUUCUGAAAUCUGGAAUGUUUUAUGGACAAGA